AUGGAGAGCUUCCUUGACCAGCCUCUCACUACGGAUGCCGAGAUCGCCCUGACGUACAGCAACGAGGUGGUCAAUCGACCGACCGGCAUUCGCACUCUCCGCGAAUGGGGGGAGUACGAAGUCGACUCGGGGAAGCACAAGGAUCAGAAGUUCCAUCACAUCUACGAGACGGAUCCCGGGUACGGCAAGUAUAUACGAAACAGGCAGCUCACCAAUCGAUCAAUCCUGAGCUACCGGAGCUACUACAUCGCCAGGGAGCAGGCCAAGUGCCAGGGCAAUCCCAUGAGCCCAGGAUCGGUGCCACUCCGCUCCUCCACGACUUCGGAGGCGACAGUGUUCUCGCAGACCGAGAUGACAGCAGGCAGGAUGAAGUCACCAUCGCAACAAGAUCAAAGACCAAUUCCACCAGGAAAGCCAGUCACUCCGCGUGUGACGGGCGGAAGCAGUUCAUCCAAGAGGGAGUCAUCGUGGGCCGUCCUAGAGGAGACGCGCAAGCCCAUGACGACCGAGCUGACACCAUCGCGGGAGCAGGAGAUCCGGACACAGAUGGCUCUCCUUCAGAGGGAGCUGGACCAAGUUGGACUUGACCUCGCAUCCUGGAAGAAUGCAAAAGGGAAAGAAUUCAGCUUUGUCCACUUCAUCGACGAGGGGACGAUGUUUCAUUUGGGAGCUGAGUGUCUUCAGGGAACAGAGAGUGUCAUGGAGCACUUUGAAAAUUUGUGGGUCAACUGGGCUGGAUAUCCCCAAGAAGUAUAUGUAGAUCCUGGGGGGGAGUUCGUGUCAGAAUCAUGGGUCACUCGCACGCAAGAAGCAGGCAUCAAAGUGCACAUGUCAGCCAGUGAUUCCCAUUGGCAACUUGGGCGCGCCGAAAUUCAUGGAAGCACCGUAAAACAAAUGUUGAGUCGCAUGGAUCUUGAAGAGUCGAUUGAAAGUUCUGUUGCUUUCCAACGAGCCAUGAGACAAGUCUUUCACGCCAAGAACACUUCAAGCAGAGUUGACGGCUACACUCCACAGCAAGCAGUGCUAGGAAUAGCUAGCAAGUUGCCUGGUUCCAUACUGUCGGACGGUGAUGCAUCAACGCGUGCGCUUGCUGACAGCAAUACUCCAGAGGGCCAACGUUUUCUCCACCAAUUACAAGUUCCUGAAUCGGCGCGGCGAGCCUUCAUCCAGGAGCUUGAGCGGAAUGUUCAGAUUCCAGUUCCCGAAGGAGAAUCAGCCCUUUCCAUGGACGAGGGUGACCAGUGUGAAUUGAAAGGCGGCGCCUAUGGGCGCAUA